AAUAGAAAAACCUACAGAUCGCAAAGCCUCCACUCUUCUCACCGUCUCUCUUCGCCCGAAAAUGACGUCAACCGACGGAAACCUCGUUAAAGAACCCAAAGCUUCCUUAAACGACACCGUAGUUGUUAAUAGCGUCAGCGCAGAUGAAGAAGACGAUAUUCCGAUGUUGAGCUCUCACACUCUGGAAGCGCUCAAGGAGUUCCUUGCAGAACAGAACCAGGCUGCCGCCGCCGCCGAAGAAUCUGUAGACGCAGAUGGGGAGGAGGUGUCGCUGGUAACGGAAAAUUGGAAUCUCAGUCAGUUCUGGUACAACCGCCAAACUGCCGAAACCAUCGCUGCCGAGGUCGCCGCUCUCUCUGAAACGCUCAUUUCCCCUCGCGUCGUCUGCAUUGCUUGCCCUACUCUUUACGCCUAUCUCAAGAGUUUCUAUGCAGUUUUCAAUUACCUGCAAUGUAACCGGCACGACAUUGGGGAUUUUCAGAAAAUUGUUCCGGGAGUACCAACACAGCUUCUUGAGUUCGACAAAAGGUUCGAGCAAUAUGGGGAUGACUUCACUUUCUAUGACUAUAACCAACCAGAGGAUCUUCCGUCAUCGUUGAAGCACUCGUUUCCAAUUGUAGUAGCAGAUCCUCCUUACCUGAGCAAGGAGUGCUUGGACAAAAUUGCAGAAACUGUUAAGUUUCUAUCUAAACCAGGAGAAAGUUUGCUACUAUUACUUACAGGUGAGGUGCAAACAAUGUUGGCUGGCGAGCUCUUAGGCUUGCGUCCAUGUGGUUUUCGACCUGAGCACUCCAGCAAACUUGGUAACGAGUUUAGGCUCUUCACCAGCUAUGAUCCCAGUGCAAGGCUCGGUGGAUGGCAACACGAUAUAUAGGACCGUUGUGCCUCCCCUUACUUGUGAUGUCGUAGUUGAUACUGUUGUUGUAAGAUUAUAGCUUUAAUUUAUAAUUGGGAGAGAAUUUUUCUUGAUAUCUUUUCUUCAGUCCAAAAUUUUGCAGGUUUCUUUCGAUAAGUUAUUUGGGACCGCAAGUGUGUGGAUACAGAUCUCUCACCAUAAACUGUAAAAUACAUUUAUAUAAAUAUAUUAGUGGCAAGCUUGUAAAACUCUGUAAUUCUGUUAUGGAGUACAUCAAUGUGAAAAGCAUACAAUGAUAGUUUCUUCUCUCUCUGUUAA